AUGGCUUCUAUGGGGCUUCAGGUGCUGGGCAUUGCCCUCUCUGUCAUUGGCUGGCUGGGCACCAUCCUGUGCUGUGGGCUCCCCAUGUGGAGGGUGACGGCCUUCAUCGGGAACAACAUUGUGGUGGCUCAGAUCAUCUGGGAGGGGCUGUGGAUGAACUGCGUGGUGCAGAGCACGGGCCAGAUGCAGUGCAAGGUCUACGACUCCAUGCUGGCGUUGCCCCAGGACCUGCAGGCGGCUCGUGCCCUGGUGGUGAUCGCCAUCGUGCUGGCCGUGCUGGGCCUCCUCCUGGCCAUCAUUGGAGGGAAAUGCACCAACUGUGUGGAGGACGCUUCUGCCAAAGCCAAGGUCAUGAUCGUCUCUGGAAUCAUCUUCAUCAUUGCUGGCAUCAUGAUCCUCAUCCCGGUCUCCUGGUCAGCCAACAACAUCAUCCGGGAUUUCUACAACCCUAUGGUCACCGAGGCGCAGAAGAGAGAGCUGGGGGCCUCCCUGUACAUCGGCUGGGCUGCAUCUGCUCUCCUGCUCAUCGGGGGGGCCCUGCUCUGCUGCAGCUGCCCCCCCCGGAAUGAGAAACCCUACUCUGCCAAGUACACGGCUGCUCGCUCGGUGCCGGCCAGCAACUACGUCUAG